AUGGUGCGUCGCCUUGGACAGCUCUACCACUACUGGCUGCACGAAGCCCCGCUGUUGACCAAGGUGUUGACGGCUGCCACGCUCUCAGGCCUCGGAGACCGCAUUGCGCAGAGUCUGGAGGCCGACAACCCCGCGGCCACCAAUUCCGAGCAUGAGGCUGAGCCCACCAAUGCGCUCGUGAGCCCCAGCACGGCCCGGACGCUGCGAAUGAUGGUGUGGGGCGGCCUGUUCACGGCCCCCAUCAUGCACACGUGGUUCCAUCUCAUCGAGCGCGCCAUUCCGGGCACGGCCAAGGUCGCCAUCGUCCAGAAGGUGGCGGCGGACAUAGUCAUCAUGGCGCCCGCCAUGGCGCUCGGCUUCUUCACAGUCACCAAGAGCAUGGAGGGCGAGCGCCUCAGCGACGCGUUCGAGAUCGCCAAGGCCAAGCUGGAGCCGACGAUGAUAAUGAACUACAAGGUCUGGCCGCUGGCCAACCUCAUGGUCUUCAGCGUCGUGCCCUUCCAGUACCGCACCCCGUUCGUCAAUUGCGUGAGCCUGGGCUGGUCCACGUUCCUGUCCGGCAUGGCCAGCAAGAAGCUGCAAAACACUCAGGAGGCCGAAGAGGCCAUUGCAGGAUAG